UCUUUACCCAGGCAGCUUGGAUUAAUCAGGAGAAAGUCAGUGGCGCCAGCAAAUGCAGAUCUAGGAAGGAGCAAGUUCAAGCAGUUAUUUGACUACUUGAUUGUUAUUGAUUUUGAGUCGACAUGUUGGAAUGAUGGGAAACGCCACCAGACCCAGGAAAUAAUUGAAUUUCCAGCAGUAUUGCUGAACACAUCAACUGGAGAGAUUGAAUCUGAGUUCCAUGCUUAUGUUCAGCCUCAGGAACACCCAGUUCUUUCUGAAUUUUGCAUGGAACUGACAGGCAUAAAGCAGGCUCAAGUUGAUGAAGGAGUCCCUCUGAAGAUUUGCCUAUCUCAGUUCUGUAAAUGGAUUCAGAAGAUUCAGCAACAGAAGAAAAUUAUUUUUGCUACCGGGGUUUCAGAUCUGUCUACUUCAGAAGUAAAAUUAUGCGCAUUUGUUACUUGGUCAGACUGGGACUUGGGGGUUUGCCUCGAGUAUGAGUGUAAAAGAAAACAGCUGUUUAAACCUGUGUUCCUAAAUUCUUGGAUUGAUCUCAGAGUCACUUACAAGAUUUUCUAUAGGAGAAAACCAAAAGGACUACGGGGUGCCCUGCAGGAAGUGGGAAUAGAAUUCUUGGGACGAGAACAUUCUGGAUUGGAUGAUUCUCGGAAUACUGCCCUUCUCGCUUGGAAAAUGAUCAGGGAUGGUUGUUUAAUGAAAAUCACAAGGUCCUGGAAUAAGGUUCCCACCAAGAAGAAUCCCAACAUUUUGGCCAGAAAUUCUAAUACCAGUCAAGUUAAAGAAACAUUGGCCUGCAGUGGUAGCAUUCAGGGUCCCAGCAUGUGUGACAGGGAGCCUAAAAGGACAGCACACCGUGAAGAAGUUCAAAUGAGGCCAGUUGGUACGAAUUCUAUAAAGGCACAGCAAGAUGAAUUGCAACCAAAGAGCAGUGUAAAAGUGGGUCUGCGCAGUGUCACAAGCUAUUUAUCUCUCUUUAAUGCUCAGUCCUCUACCUCUCUGGGGCAGUUGCAGUGUCCCAGCUUCAGUACACCUGUGCAGAAGCAAAUAAAAAACGAACAUCAUGCAUUUAAUACCAAAUCUAAGUCUUCAACAGUGGGUUCAGAAUUGGUGCUUGUUUCAACUACUAUUUCAUCUGUUAAUCAUGUUUCUGAUAUGGAGAUGAGCUCUGCUCUUGACUGUUUACCUAUGUUGGCCGAUUGGGAAGAUGUAGCUUUAUUGCCAGCAUCUCAGCCUGAGCAAAAUAUAGAUUGUAUGCCUCCUAUUAGUGAUUCAAACUUAAUUACUUCAUUUAAUUCUGGAGAAAGGUUAGUGGUUCUAAAAGAAUCUGAAAUGCUAAGUUAUGGAAACUUUGGAGGCACAGAAGAAACUCCUCAAAAAUCUGAGACCUCUAAGUCAAUUGUCUAUAAGAGUCCACAUACUACUAUUUAUAAUGUAAAAGAAUCCAAAGAUCCAAGUUCAGAUGUUUCGAACUUUAAAUUACCUGAGUGCAAAUCAAGUAGUCUGAACAGUGUUAAGGCCAGUAUGUCUUAUCCUUCAGUUUUGGGGAAGUGUCUUCUUUUAGGUGGUACUAAAAGGAAUCUAUCCAGUCCCCCAAUUUCCCCCCUAGCGAAAAAACAGACCUUCACUAUUCAUGAAGAAAAGCCUACAUCAUCUGAUGGCUCCCCAGUGAGAACUUCUUCUUGGAAGGUUCCCUCCUCUGUCUUAACUCCUGCAGUUAACCUACAGGAGCCUUGGAAGAGUGGGAAGAUGACACCUCCAUUAUGCAAGUGUGGCCGAAGGUCUAAGAGACUUGUUGUUUCUAAUAAUGGACCAAACCAUGGAAAAGUCUUCUACUGUUGCCCUACUGGGAAAUACCAAGAAAACAGAAAAUGUGGUUAUUUCAAAUGGGAACAAACACUUCAAAAGGAGAGGGCCAACAGCACAGUUUGGUCUCAUUCCUCAGGGGCCUUCACUUCUGGUUCUCCAGAAACAAGUCAUGUUUGUGAUCAAAAUGUAAAUAUUUCUGCUAAAAAUUCAUUGAGACUCAGACCUUCCAUGAGGAAUUGAUAAACUUUCUUUGUAUCUAAACCAUGUUUUUACUUUAAUGCGACUUCUAGUGUGGUAAAGAGAAAAGGAGUGUAUACGGCUACAAGUUAUGAGGACAGCAUAUCUGAACUCUAGACUGCACUGGGCUAUUACACACACAACACAUACACACACACGAGAGAAAAUAAAUUUCACAGGCUUCUAAUUUCAGUCACCAGCUACCUAACUUUUGUGUUCUGUUCGUGUAUGAAUCCUCAUUGUUCCUUGAAUUCCCAAACAUUAUGAGUAUUCUUAAAAUGUCUUAAACUGUUUUAUUUAUAUUUCAUAUAUUGACAUUUGCCAAAUUUAUCAUUCUUUUUUGAAGAACCAUAAAUGAAAUAUUUUGUAAACUGCAUUUAUUAGAUUAAAUAUAAUAAACAAUAAUAGUAUAUGAUAUCUUUCUUUUGCAGUUAGACCUUGAAACUAAUUUUAAACUGUUUUAAGUUAAUUGAGUAAAAAUAUGACUAAUAAAAAUCACUAGCCUGUUUUUCAGGUAGAUACUUAUACUUUGAGAA